AUGACAACGGCCAUCGGCUCAAUUUCGACAUACCUCAGCGAUAUUUAUAUUACCUAUGGAAAGCCUCAGAACACCAAGAUUAUCGGAGGGGCUACGACGCCCGUCAAAAAAGCGACUGCCCCUCCUGGUGCGAAUCGAAAAGGCGAGACUGGCACUGGCAAGACAAGUUUCCUUUCUCUGCUCGUCAACAUCCUGGCAGGCAGGUCACCAGACGAUUACGACUUGGAACCGUACGACGUGACCAACGAGUGCGGUGGAGCGCAAAAGCACAGCCAAACCAACACCGCCAAGGUCUAUAGGUUCGCAAGCUUGAAUGGCGUUGACGUCACCGUGCUCGACACCCCUGGCCUUGCCGAUACACGGGGUCUUCAGAAGGACAAGGAACACAAACAGAGCAUCACCACCGCUAUUCGCGACAAUAUCCCAGAGGUGACGGCGGUGAUCAUUCUAGCCAACGGCACCAACCCACGCCUUGGUGUUGCCACUGACUACGCCAUCACUACACUUUCUUCCAUCUUCCCUCGGACUCUUGCCCAAAACAUCGGAAUUUUGUUCACCAAUGUCUCGAGCCCUCUCUCCUGGAACUUUGAGGUUGACACGUUGCCCGUUGAGUUGCGAGGCGCCAAACGUUUUUUGGUCGAUAACCCGCUCGCAAUGCAGAAGAACUACUUGAAGAUUCGUGCCAAGGCUGAGGCGGAGGGCGAGAUCGACGAAAACGAUCAGGACAUUUUAGAUGAAUUGGAAGCCGCGGUAAACACAGGCCAUCAAGCGACAUUGAAAAUGCUGGUUAAGAUUUUUAAUUGGCUUGAUGGUCUUGAGCCUCAAGCAACGAAAGAGAUAAUGUCGCUCUACAAUCAGUCGAUUGAGAUCGAACGCAAUAUUAGCAGCACUCUUGCAAGGAUGACACAGCUGUCGGAAAAGAGGGCCAACCUAGAUCGGUUGAUCAAGCAAUCAGACGGGAUCAAGUUGACUGUUAAUGGGACAGCAAAUUUCAAGAGCGUCAUCAACAAGAAGACUUGGGUGUUCGAAGACAAACCUAGGCACAGUACUCUCUGCGGCCAUCCACAAUGCUACUCCAACUGCCAUAUCAAUUGCAGCGUCGGCUUCACCCUUGACCCCGCAAAAUUAGGUGGAUGCGAGGCAUUUUCCCGUAGCACUUGCCGGAAAUGUCACCACUCGAUCACGGAGCACCAUCAUUACAACUCCGUCUGGUAUGAGAAGUCAGAAACUCAUGAUUAUAUCGACGCUGACGCAAAAAGGCGCCACGAUGAGGCCAACAAAAUGCUCCAGACGGCCACAGUUUCAAUCGCUGAUGUUCGCAAGGUCAUCGAGAGCACUGGAAAGGAGAUGGCAGAAGCAACUGAGCAAAUAGGUCGUCUCGCUGCGAAGUAUUCCGAGCUUUCGCUCUCCGGAAGCUUCUCUGGUCAAGUCAAGAAGUCGGUGAAGCUCCUCGAGACGCACCUGGAAGGCAUCAGAAACACAUCAGAUCAAAUGAGCAUCGACCAGAUGGAAGCGAGCUUGGCCCAGCUCAAGGAGAAGCUCAGGGUCCUUGAGGUUGCAGCGGAUGCGGCACGUAAGAAGAUAUCCCAACCGACCAUUGUGGACCGACUGAAUCAAGGUUUCACACGCCUUUUCGGCUUGAGCUAA